UGGGGUACCCCUUUAAUCACACCAGUCGACCAUCUCACUUUCUCAGAUACCCUAUUGCCAAAAGGAAAUCUCCAUCUCUCGCCAUCAUGAAGACAGCUGUUCACCAGAUGCUCCUCAUCACGCUGUGUCUCGGCGGCGUGUUCGUCGUCGCUGCCGACAACGAGCCCGUCCAUUGCUUAGAGGAGUGGUUCACGCUCCACGCCGACAUCGGUAAAUGCUUGUAUUACUCGAACUACCAGCGGAGUUGGUAUUCGGCUCGGUGGUACUGCGCCCACGGACAUACCUACCUCCCCGGGACUCGGCUCUUCUAUCCGGCUGAUGAUCUAGAAUUCAACGUAACUCGUCAACUGAUGAUUGACAACGACGAUUCAAAGGCGUGGCUUGGGGUCUGCAAAAUAUCUAAUGGUAACUUCGUGACAUCCGACGGACAAGACUACACCAACAUCUGGACCGGUACGUACGGGCUAACCGACUCGGAAAACCCAACCGGAUUUCUCGAAAUGCGCAGCUGGUCCCCGGCUUUCCGGUACAGAUACCAAUACUGGCGGACGAGGCGUUACAUCUGCGAGAGGGAUGCAUGUCGAAUUGACUGCGAUCGCCUUUGUGCGCUCAUAGAGGCAUUCGAAGAUCUACUCUAGAAAUGCUAAAACCAUGAAAAGUGAUCAUUCCUUUGAAUACCUAUGACUAUCCGUUAUUCAUCCCCUUUUCUAGUUAUGUAUUUAGCAUCUCAAUAAAAUAACAUUAUCAUAAUUUGUGUAACCUGAAGGGAUAGGCUUGCUUAAUGAAGACAGAGUUGCAUGUAUUUUUGUCGGAGUGGUAGGCGGCGAAUUGAGUCGGCAGAUUUUGUGGGCGUUAGACCGUGGCUUAUUGGGUGGGGGGGUUCUAGUUGCAUUUUUGAAAUAGGUAAAUGUGAUUGACAGAUUUUAACACACUAUUUAUGAAAUGAUUCAUAUUUUACCCUUGUCCCUUCAGGCCUGCCCUUUCCUAUAUAUUUCUCCCCCUGAAGCCUGUUGCAUAAAACUUUUUACCUGAGAAAACUCUGGUGAAAACUAAGGUCAGUCUGAUUUCCGCCA